GACCUGGAUCCCGUUGUCCGCGCCUGGCAGGAAGAAGGCGACCGGUAUGCAUCCCAGUCAGUGGACUACAGAGUAGCAAUGAGCCUUGCUCGUGUUAUCCAGCAAGACAGACAAAACUUGGGGGCUUUCAGUGACGAAGAGAGCCGUGCUGCGACUGAUAGACUCCUUGCAAUUCGAUUUGCUCAGGAGGAGGUACAUCAACAGCCUGAACAAGCGCAGGGAGGACAGCCAGAUCAGCCACGUGGUAAAGCUUUCUCUUUCUUCAUCCAAGUUCUUGUCGUCAGUUGUGCUGACUUACAUGACCGCUGGAUAGUACGCCCUCAACCACCCACCCAACAGCCCCAGGCUACGUGCGUCGCUUGCACCGAAACUCUCCUCCAAACAGACGUAACCACCGCUCCUUGCUCCCACAUCUACUGCCGCGAUUGUACCAUCAAGCUCUUCGAAGACUCUCUCCGCGACGAGACUCUGUUUCCACCGCGCUGCUGUAGAACUGCCAUUCCUCUGCCACUUGUCCAACACUUCCUAAGCCCUGACAUCAGACGUGAAUUCGAAAACAAGACAGUCGAAUACAAUGAUGGAAACCGCACGUAUUGCUCCUCACCAAUCUGCUCGCGCUAUCUGCACCCGUUUCCCAAUCCGAGGGUAAACGGUAGGUACUGCGCGAGAUGUAAUCUCUGGACAUGCAUGCGGUGCAAGAAGAGCCACUAUCCCGAGAACGCUUGUCCGGAUGAGAAUGAAGGGAUGCUGCAGCUUGCAAAGAAAAGCGGUUGGAGACGGUGCUCUAGAUGCAAAAACAUGGUUGAGUUGAGGACUGGGUGCAACCAUAUUACCUGCCGUUGUCACCGCGAAUUUUGCUACGUUUGUGGUGCUAUCUGGAAGACCUGUACCUGUGAGCUGUGGGAUGAACGGCGACUUGUCGAGGCUGGUGAUCAGCAGGAGAUCCAUGGAUGCGACCACGAUGUCUGGAGACGCCGUAAGGGGGCUUAUAAUUGCGAAGAGUGCGAUCAUCGGCUGCGGUGGUUCAUCUACGAGUGUGAAAGAUGUGGGUUUAGGGCUUGUGUGACGUGUCGGUACAAUCGGUUGUAG